UUGAUAAUUUCCCGCCAAUGGAGUGCAGCAAACUAGAGCUUCUCGCCCAUUCUGCAAGAGGUAAACGGAACUGCUUAACAGGGGGAAUGUGAAGAUCAUCUGAAAUUAGCAAUGGAAGCUGCUCAAUUAACAAGCAAAAAACGAAAGCCACUUGCUGAUUGCACCAAUACACUCGCCAAAUCUUCUCGCUCCUCUGCUUCCUCUUCAACUUCUGUAAUCAAACCUACUAAUCCCCUUCUCUCUUCAGCUUUCAAUAAGCUACUUAAUGAUACAAAACCGAAGUCCAAAGACAAACCAGAUUCGGACACUAGGACCCGAUCCACCACACCAGCCGCCCACUGCCAAACGGGAUCCAUCGAGGCCGCAAACCCUACUUCUACUGCUCGCUCUUCCGCUCUUCAUUCUUCUCUUCCCUCCACUCCCUCCCGCCUGCGGAAUUCGUCUUCCUUUUCUGGUACUGAAAACCGUGCGUCUAUUGAGCCUGGUUCGGUUUACACUAGAAGAAGAAAUGCUGGUAAAGGAAAGAGUAAAGAGAACGCAAUAGUUGAGCCUAUGACAUGCCCUCCUAUGCCAAAGCGCUCAAUAUUUGAGAACAGAAGAGAUGAAGAGAGGAUUACCAACCCAUCUAAGUUGUGCAAAGUGCCUCAUAAAAGGCAGUGCCGGCAGACAUCCAAGCAAGAUUUACCUGUACAUGCAAUGUCCCAGGAUUUUAUCAAACAGCAGAGAGCUUAUUUUGCGGAGGUUGAUGCAUUUGAACUGUCAGAGGAGGAGGUUACAUCUGCUGAUGAGUUGGAAUGAGGAAAGAAAUAAUUGUCAUUUUAUCUAUGUAGCAAGUAAAGCAUCCUGAUCCUUUGAUACUCCCUGUAUAGUAUAAGAACUACCUGACAUGUUUUUGUUGUAAUAACAACCUAAUCUGUAAAAUCUCUUAGUACUAGGCUAGUGUACACGCAGAAGUUACUUUUUUGAGCAGCUUGUCUUUUUUCACAGAUGAAGAUCAUUUUCUGCUCUGAGUAGUGGAUU